AUGUUGCGCCCUACAGACUCUCCCAUGCCGAUUGGCAUUGGUUUCCUUCUUUUGUCUUUCGCAACCAAGUUCACUUCUGCCGUUCCUUACCAAAUCUACCAACUUGAUGAGCGAGAUGUCAACACUGAUACCACUACAACUGACACAUUCAUUUCUACUACCACCAGCGCCGUCGCGCCCAUUGACGUUCUUCCUACUACAAGUUCAGACGUUGUUGUCAUCAACACGGAGACUUCAUCUAACAAUGGCGCUAUUGUCGUUGACACAACUACCAGUGCUGCUCCAGUGAUUGAGACUCCUACCACCAUUGGCCAGAUUGUUGACGGUACCACUAGCGCUGAGAUUGCGCCUGUUGGUACCGAGACAUCAGCCAUUGUGAAUGUGUUGAGCAGCACUGAUGCUCCUAUCGUGAACCCUAUUCCUACCACCACAGAUGAACAGACUACAUCGAACUGGAUCCCUCCGGCUGGUACAGAGACCAAUGUCGUUGGCACUCCUGGUCCCAACACGGAUGUUCCUCCUGCUGCUGGCACUGAGACGGCUACUACUAACGAUGCUGUUGAGCCAAUUGGUACUACUACCAACACUGAUAUCCCCCCUGCUAGAACAGAGACCACCAGUGACGUCCCUCCUCUGGUGAUCGACACCACCACAAACACUGAUGCUCCAGUUGGGACUGAGACUACAAGCAACGCAAUUGAGCCUGUCGACACAACCACUGACCUUCCUGCUCCCGGCCCCGAGACGACCACUACCCAAGCACAGGCACCCGUCGACACAACCACCUCCGCUGCCAUCCCUCCUCCCAACACCGACACCAGUGCUGAGGUGCCUCCUCCCCAAACCACAACUGACAAGGUCGAUGCCCCUAGCACCACCGCCCCCGUCAACAACAUCCCCAGCACCACUGAGAAGGCUUCCGAGCCCAGCAAUGCCCCUUCAGCACCCGUCACUGCUCCUCCUCAAGAAGCCACUGCUGCUGCUUCUCAGGCUCAGGUCACCGCCUCAGAGUAUAACUCCAAGGUCGACGACAUCAUCCCCAUUAUCGUCGCUUGGACGAACAACCCUGAUGGUCUCAAGACGGAUACGUUGAACAAGGUGAAUAACUUGAUCGAUGGUGUCAAGGGUGCUAUCAAGGACCUUGGUGGCAAUGAGUCUGGCGGCUGUCCCGGUAAGCGACGUCGUGGACUUCUUGACAUCGUCUCCAACGUCAUCAACACCUUGUCUUGUGUCGUCUCUAACCUUGAAGAUGUCACUGGCAAGAUCACUGGUGGCGUUGUUGAGGGCGUUACUCCCAUCGUCAGUACUCUCACCAACAACAGCAAUGAUCUUAAAGAUCAGAGUGAGGAAGAGGAUGAUGAUGAUGAUGAUCAGUCCAAGACUGAGAAGGAGGAGUCUAAGACGGAAAAGGAAGAGUCAAAGACUGAGGAGACCAAGACGGAGGCUAGCACCACUGAGAAGCCUACCUCUAGUGAGGCUGAGACUACAACUUCUGCUGAGACGACGGAGACUACUGGGUCUUGCAAGAUGAGGGAGACUACCAGUAUUCCUGCUGCUUCGGAUACCCAGCCCAAGACUUCGAUCGCUCUACCCCCCACGAGCGGUGAUGGUGCUACUGGUAGUGAGACCUCUGCUGGUCCGGCUGAGACUGGCACUUCUGACGUGCCUACCUCGACUGAGGCUGCUGAUGUGACUACCUCCAACCAAGGGCCUGAGUCCACCACCGCAGCUGAGACCUCCGCCCAAGAGACCUCUUCCAAGCCUGUCGAUGAGACCAGCACCGCUGAGCAAACCGCCAAGACGGGAAAGACCACCAAGGUGGAAGAGACUGACACUUCAGCCCCAGCUACCACAAGGCCCAGCACCCUCCUCACAACAACCCGUCCCUCCGACCAAACUAGCAACACCAUCACUUCUGGCUCAACCGAGGACAUUACCACCGCUCCAGUACGUACUUACUACCCCUGCGGUAUCUACGGCGGUCCCCGCGUCACAUCAGCCUACUGCCAAUGCUCCACCACCGUCUCAGGCAAGCAGUACAUCGCGACAGCCACACUCAUCGACAACAAGUGCGAAGCGUACACCGAGUAUCCCUCCAAGGUCGACCCAGCUACUGAAGCACCCCCUCCUACACAAGCACCCAUCAACGAACCUCUCACCAAGACCAUUGAUGGGACUGUUCUAGCCUGGACUGCGUAUACUCUUGCAUACGGACAAGUAUACAAGGAUGUAACAGCAACCUUCUCCAAUGGUAUCGGCGAGGUGAAGACCAUCGCUACACCAGUUCCUACGCAAACUCACGUCGAUAACGACGGUUCCGGGCAGUGCGGUACAAGCGAUGGACUCUCCAAGUCUGGUCUCGGCGACGCAUGUGACCGCGCUAUUGGUGAAUUUGACGACGAUACUGUCUACACGGGUUACACUACGCGUUACAGCAGGUCCAAGAAGGGCCUUCUCAUGGUCAUGUCUAUGGGCCAGGCUGCUUGUAUUGCCAAGUUUAGCUGCGAUGACUAUGGUAUUGGUAUGAGCGGGAAGCUCAUCAAGGAAGCACGUGAGAACGCGAAGCAGAAUGACAAUAUUUGGAUGUGUGGACAUAUUGAGUUAUCGAACUCUUGUAAAGUUGUUAUGGACUACUGCACGAACUGUAACAAUGAGGGUUAG